AUGCCGCCUCUCUCGGGUAAGCAAGCAGGUAAUCGUCGAGGCUACACAUGGAGAAUAACCGCGUCUAGGGUGCCCUGUACCAACUGCGUCGCCUUUUCUAUCGAGUGCAGGAUACCCAUACCGAAAAGGAAGCGAGCCAGUACCGCUCGAGCCAAAGACGAGGAAAGUGAGGUGGGCGAGUCGCAACAGCCUGCUACGCCUACAGAUCCUCGCAUCGCACGCCCUUCGCAGCCGAAACCGACUGUCGGAUACAAUUCGCCAGAUGGAAUGCCUUCAACCCAGAUUUCCGAGGCACAAGCCGCCCAGCAAGCCGCCAAUAAUGGUACCAUGGCACAGUUCAUGAAGCCAAAGUUCGCCCGAGCACCAAUAAAAGAGGCUGGUCGAGUAGCCUACCUGGGGGAAUCCUCGAACCUGUCUUUACUGGUUCAUGAUCGGCAUGGCACGACAGAUGUGGUUCAUUAUCCCUUGCCAGAGAACAUCAGAGGUGCUCGAGCUCGAUUGACCGAGCCGGACCAGAUGGAGAUCGAGAUUCUUCAACAGCGAGGGGCGUUUUUACUUCCGCCUCGCGCUCUGUGUGAUGAGCUUGUCGACGCUUACUUCCGGUGGGUGGCGCCAAUUGUGCCCGUCAUCAAUAAAAGUCGGUUUAUGAAAAGGUAUAAAGACACCAAGAACCCGCCAUCCUUACUACUUCUUCAAGCUGUGUUACUGGCCGGCUCAAGGGUCUGCCAGAACCCGCAGCUUAUGGAUGCCACUGGUUCGACGACGCCUGCAGCAAUGACGUUCUACAAACGCGCAAAGGCACUAUAUGAUGCAAACUACGAAGAUGACCGCAUCACUAUCGUGCAGGCUCUAGUGUUAAUGGGCUGGUACUGGGAGGGCCCAGAAGCAGAUGUGACGAAGAAUGUUUUUUAUUGGACCAGAGUGGCGAUUGUGGUGGCUCAGGGCGCCGGUAUGCAUCGAAGUGUCGAAAGCUCUCAGCUGAGUAGACAGGACAAGCGGCUCUGGAAAAGAGUCUGGUGGUCUCUUUUCACGAGAGAUCGCUCGGUCGCCGUUGCCCUUGGCCGUCCGGUUUCCAUCAACACGGAUGACUCGGACGUCGAGAUGAUCACCGAAGACGAUUUCAUCGAAGACGAAGGAGACACAAACAAUGACUCUCAGCCAGAUCCAGUACAUGUUCAGUUCUUCUUGCAGUACGUCAAGCUUUGCGAGAUCAUGGGGCUUGUACUCUCUCAACAAUACUCGGUCGCGUCCAAGGCUCGACGAACAAAUGCCAUCGACCUCACCCACAGCGACAUGGCCUUGGCUGACUGGCUUCAAAACUGUCCUCGAGAGGUGUACUGGGAACGUUCACGCCACCAUUUUUGGUCAGCCUUGUUACACUCGAAUUACUAUACAACAUUAUGUCUGCUCCACCGCGCUCACAUGCCCCCUGCCACGGCGAAACCGAACGACCAUGAAAAUGUCGACAUGGCCUAUCCUUCGAGGACGAUAGCAUUCCAAGCCGCUGGCAUGAUCACCUCGAUCAUGGAAAACCUUCUGGCACACGAUCAAGUCAAGUAUACGCCGGCGUUCAUUGUAUACAGUUUGUUUUCAGCACUUAUUAUGCACGUGUAUCAAAUGCGCUCUUCAGUACCGUCAGUGGUGGCAGCCAGCCAGGAGCGUAUCAACGUAUGUAUGAACGCGUUGAAAGAAGUCUCCAAGGUAUGGUUGGUCGCAAAGAUGGUGCACACUCUAUUUGAAUCCAUUCUCGGCAACAAAGUCCUCGAGGAGAGACUGCAGAAAGCAACGGGCAGAAAAGCUCAACGUUCCAGGCCUCAGGCUGCUGGACAUGCAAACGGGAACACGAAUGGCACAACGCACUCCUCGUCUGCACCCACGUCUAACCUCGCAGCACCCCCAAACCCUACCAAGCGAAAGUUUGACGACAUCGAUCUAGGGUUCAACGUUGGUCCGCCUGCUCCCCAAAUGUCGUAUGAGCGGUCGCGCCCUCAAACUCCUGCUGCAACCCCUUCUCGCGAUCUUCCGCAGCAGCACCAACACCAGCACAACUUCCUAGGAUCCCCCCCGCUUCCGGGUGAACAAUAUCUACCAACUUCCCGAUCCCGUGGACCGUCUCGGCUACCCUCGCGGGGUCCCACCAGAGCCAACUCCCCGUUCAACGGAUACUCGAUCCCUGCCACUCCGCCGGAUCUUUUCCUGGUCACCAGGGACUCACCAAACAUUUCCCAACAACUGUGGGAGAAUUUCCAACCGGAUCAACUUUUCCCUGACGGAACCAUUGGGGAUGCCAUCAAUUUCGCCAGUCCUAUCAUGAACCACGCGGUUGAUCCUCAACUCCAAAUGCAAGCACCAGGAAUGAAUGGUCAACAAAUGCCACAAGUGGAUAUGUCCGGCCAGCCACAAGUGUGGCCGUCGGGGAUACCGGGACUCAUGGGAGGAGGCAUGGAGAUGCAUGACAGCGACGGAUGGUCCACGAGUUCGAUUGGCAAUGCUCCAGUGGCACCCACCACCCUCAACGUGGAAGAUUGGUUCCAGUUCUUUGGGAUCAAUGGGGAAAUGGCCGGGAUGAGUGAUGGCAAAAUGGCUGUUGAUGGAUAG